UUUCAUUGCAGUGUGUGUGUGUGUGUACAGUACUCUCCGGAGCUGAAUAAACUUUUCUGUCAGUUGGCGAAGACGUGUCCAGUGCUGAUGGCGGUCAGUUCUUCUCCACCUCCAGGUUCUGUGCUCAGAGCCACCGCUGUGUACAAGAGAUCUGAACACGUGGCCGAGGUGGUCAGACGCUGUCCACAUCACGAGAGGAGUAACGACAGCAAUGAGGGCCCAGCUCCUCCCGGUCACCUGCUCCGUGUGGAAGGGAAUUCUCGAGCACUUUAUCACGAGGACUCAAACACACAGCGCCACAGUGUGGUGGUGCCCUACGAACCCCCUCAGGUGGGAUCAGAGUGCACCACUGUGCUGUAUAAUUACAUGUGUAACAGCAGCUGUAUGGGGGGAAUGAACCGCCGACCCAUCCUCACCAUCAUCACACUGGAGACCCAGGAUGGUCAGCUCUUGGGCCGGCGCACGUUUGAAGUGCGUGUGUGCGCAUGUCCCGGGCGUGAUCGGAAAACAGAGGAGAGCAACUUCAGGAAACAGCAGGAAUCUAAAACCUCGGGCAAAACCCUGACCAAGCGCAGUGAGUGCAUGAAGGAUCCUCCCUCUCACCCAGAGGCCAGUAAGAAGUCCAAGAACAGCAGCAGUGAUGAUGAAAUUUAUACACUGCAGGUGCGAGGGAGAGAGCGUUAUGAGUUUCUGAAGAAGAUUAAUGAUGGUCUAGAGCUCAGUGACCUGGUGCCCCCUGUUGACCAGGAGAAGUACCGGCAGAAACUUUUGUCUAAAGCCUGCAGGAAGGAGAGAGACGGAGCUGCAGCCGAGCCGAAACGAGGGAAGAAACGACUGGUGAAGGAGGAGAAGAGCGACUCGGACUGAGAGAGAAAGAGAGAGAGAGAGAGAGAGAGAGAGAGAGAGAGAGAUAUCAGGGGUGGGGGGUGGAGAUGGGUUCAUUUACUUUCUGUCCAGAAGAAAAAAAAAAAAAAACUUCAGUACUGAAACACUGCCUCUCUCUCAUAAGUUUUAAUGAAUCAUGUUAAUGGUCAGUGUUUUCUCCCCACUGAGUGUGGAUCAGAUCUGGAACCUGUUCUGAGGAGAGUAGUGUUUAUAAAGUUCAGAGGUGUGACUGACUUUAUCAGGGAUUUAAAAUGACAUCUGAAACACUUCAGUGUGAAUAAAAACUGCACCUGAUUGGUCAGAUCUAAUCCCGAGCAUCACUUCCGAUUGGUCAGUUAGCUGUCACUUGGUCACUCUAUUUUUUAAACACUUGCUCUAUGUAUUGUAAAGGUGCAUGAAAUGAAACGUCCCUCAGGGCACCUGAUGAUCUUGAUUUAAACUUUUUUACUCAUUUUCUUUAAAGUUUUCUCUCCCUGCUGUUUUCAUGUCAUCUUUAUAUUCAGUUUUAUACACACUUCUUUACAGGAGUAAAAAAAACUCCAGAACAAUAAAAUUUGUUCUUACAUUUUCUUAAA